GAUUUUUCCGAAAGAAGCUAGAAGUUCGAGGAUCCAAGCUUUGUUUCCCGGCAAUAGACCGACUGGCGUUCGUUUAACUUCAAAAACCCGGAACGUGACAGAGAGAGAUCUCUUUCUGAAAGCCAACCACAAAUAAAAAAAAACAAAAACAAAAUGCCUCAAACGACCACUAUCGAAACACUUACCGUAACCAGACCACUUAAGAGAGGGAGAGACGGAUGGAGAGAGAAUGAGAGAGAGAGGUAGAGAGGGAGAAAAUAAAAAUAGAGCCAAGAGAAAGAAAGGGCGAAGGAAGAGCGAGAGAGCGCAGAGAUCGGCGCUCGCGCGCACUGCGCCGCGACCUUUAAUGGGUGCUGAUGGGCGCAGCCUCCCUGGAACCUGGAAUCCGAUUGCUUCCCACCCCUAUCCCAGUCGCGAAGAGUCAGUCGCUCUCACUUGAGACGGCGCGGUUCUCCUUCACGUUCUCUCUCUCUCUCUCUUUCUCUCUCUCCCUCCCUCUCCUUCCUUCUGUGCGAGUAUCAUACACGGUCAUUAAAAAUCAUUCGUGUCGCGAAGGAGGGGAGGGGGUCACGACCUGGAACACUGCCAUCGAUCUGCGAUCCGUCCGUCCCGUGAAAAAAAAGGCGAAAAGAAGAGAGAAAAAAAGAGAGGAGCUAAAAAAAGGGGGAGAGCAACACCCGCGUUACCAGGGGGUUGCCCUCGUCCGAUAAUACGCCGCGAGCCGCCCCGCCGCCAGCGCGACGAAAGCCAUUGACCCGCGCGCUUCGUUAAUCAACCCUUCCCCCUGCCUGCCGUCCAUGCGAAUCCGCGAUCAUCGCGCGGAACCCUCGUCCGCACGCGUUAUCCUGCGACGUGAGUAUCCCCGGCUUUUUAGGGAAGGAACGAAGUGAAGGAAAGUAGGUUCUCGCGACUCUCGUGAGUUGCCGACGUUGGUGUUGAGGGUGGAGGUGAUGUCUCGUGCGCGUCACCCUGGAAGGAGCGUGUCGUCGUCGUCGUCGUCGUCGUUGUCGUUGUUGCGCGUACUUUUUCUUUGAAGGAACGUCGCGGAGGAGGUGGUCCUUCUUCCGCUCUGCUUGACCGGUCCUCGUCGCCGACUCGCGCGUGUUUCUACCCACGAAUCGUGAUCGCGGACUCGGAAGUGAAAUGAUUAUGUAUACGGUCGCCGAGGACCACAUGGGUGACAACGAGAUCGCACAGGUGAUCGCGUUUAUAUGCGGGAUUAUAGUGGUGCUAUUAAUGAUAAUGGGCCUGGCGUCGACGGACUGGCUGAUGGCCCUAGGAUGGAGACAAGGUCUGUUCGCCCACUGCAUCGAGGAAGGUGCCCCAACGCCACUCCCCUUCAACAUGCCUGAUCCCCCGGGUUGUUACCCAGCUAGGGACACCGCCUAUAUAAAAGCAGCCGCAGCCUUGUGUGUGGUGUGUCUUCUCACGGACAUCGCCGCGACGAUUCUCACCGGUCUGGGUUUGCGUACACAGGAUCACAGGGACAAACAUAAAUAUUAUAGAUUUGCAGUGUUUUGUAUGGGCAUUGCACUGGUGUCCCUCCUAAUAGCGCUGAUCAUAUAUCCUAUAUGUUUCGCAGCAGAGCUGAAUCUCGGAAAUCGAACCAAUUGGGAAUUUGGUUGGGCGUACGGUGUCGGCUGGGGCGCUGUCAUUUUCCUGGUUGGAGGAGCAGUACUGCUGUUAUGCGAAAAGGAGAGUGAAGAGAUUUAUUAUAAGGAGAAAAAGACCGUUCGUGAUGACAUAGGAAGCGGUGGUUCCAUGAUUGGUAUGGGACAUCACGCCGGACGAACCGGAACGCAGCUAACCUAGUGGCAUUGCUCCCUGCCCGAUGUUGUUCUCUAGGUGAUUUGUUUCAUCUUUUUCUGCUCUCACAGUUCAACACACAUGCGCAUACGAGAAGGUAUACAAGCUUCUAAGAAUUUUUUUUGGUAGGGCAUUUUUGGCUAACGCAAGGAAAACUAUUUUUACGGAUUCUUCGAUCCUAGCGUAGAUCUUCUCGAUACGCGAAAUAUUGAGAUGUUGGCAGUUUCUUCUAAAUACAUAAAAAUCUUACACAAAAGUGACAAGAUGAGAAAAUCUUGAUUAAUGUCUUACAAAACUUUUAAUAUUGAAGUUUUUAAUAUUUAAUGCUGAAAAUUGAGACGGGAAAACAAUAGCGGCACCGAUUGUUUCGCCAGAAAUCUUAAAAUUAAUCGAAGAAUCCGUUAAUUAGUUUUCAUUGUCAUUUGAAAAUAUCAGAAGUGGAUGUAAUCUGUUCAUUAGGGCGUGUAUUCGAGUUAUGAUUAGUUUGAUGUAGGAUAACAUCUCGUUAAAAAAGUAUGCAUUUCGAUCUUUUGUUUAUUUCUUAUUUAACAAUCAAUUUUUAUACUGACAAUUUCGGGACCAUUGUUAGCUUGAUUUUGUUCCCGUAUUUCCUAUAUUUUGCAUGAUUUUGGAUAAUUUUUAUAUACACACUUAUAAUUAUAUAAUUUAAAUUAUAACGAUUUAUAACGCGAUGACGCUACAUUUAUUGUCUAUAAUAAGUUGAUAAGAAUGUUCAUUACUGAGUCUCUGAGAGACAAAAGACAAUUCUAUUAUGGAUUUCACGUUUUAUUUGCGUAAAUAACACGUGUACACAUACACAUUUCAUAAUUUGUUCUUAGUGAAAGUUUGAUUAGAGGUUCUAUUUUUUCACAAUUAUUUUAUAUUUAACGUUAGAUGUAAAAUAUAUACAGCAGCCAAGUAGAGAAAUUACGUUAGGCUCAUUUUAUAUUAAAUGAAUAACGUAAUGUUUCUCUUAGCUUUAUUUUUUAUAUUUGCGGAAAAUUCUAAAUUCUUUUAGAGGCGCAGAUAAAAAAAAUUUAAUUUUUUUAAAAUUUCAAAUAGAUUUAUUUUUAGCUAUAUUUCGAGGCUUUAUCAUUACAUAUAAAGACAUUGUUUAAUGUAGAACAAAACUCAAUUUUUUAUUUUUAAAACAUCAGUCUUAUAUCGGAAUUUAUCCCAAUGCUUCCAACAUUAUCUAGUACAGUGUUUACGUAUAAUUAUUCUGUACAAUAAUUUUUUUAGUUAUUUCGCAUUUCCAUUCUACAAUGACAAACAUAUCACGCAUUUUGUUUAGUUUUAUUAACUUGAUUUUAUCUACACAGGUUGUCCCAGAGAAAAUAUAUCUCUAUAGAGCAUAUGUUGCUUAAUAGAGAUCUUAAGUAAAAUAAUGUGUUCAAAUACAAGUUUACUUUAAAAGAAGAUUAAAAAUGAUUUUAAAACGAUAUAAAUAGAAAAAUGAGUUAAUAGAAA